UUUCACUUAACGAAUCACCUUUACAAUGACUAAGGUAGCACUUGUAAUCUUCUCUCUUGCGGCGACUGCGUGGGCUGCUCCUGACGACGGCUACAGCUACCGGUCACCAGCACCCAUCGCUCGGCAACCCCAGUACCUGUCGGCGCCCGCCCGGUACAACUACCAGUGGGGCGUCAAUGACCAGUACUCCGGCAAUUUCUACGGGCAGAGGGAACAACGCAAUGGUGAUAAUACUCGUGGGAGUUACUACGUUCGGUUGCCUGACUCUCGCCUCAUGAGGGUCGAGUAUUACGUCGACGCCACAGGUUACCAUCCUACCAUUACUUUCGAGGGGGAGGCUCAGUACCCAAGUACUCGUGGCAGGACGUAUGCCCAGCCAGGUGGCCGUAUGUUUAAGCAUGUGAAGAAAUAAAGUAAAGCACAAUA